AUCCUGCAACAUGCGUUCACAUGAUUUAAGUAUUAUAUUGUCUGUGGCUCAGUGAUACCUUAAACCCCCGGUGUUUGACAGGUGCUACAUGUUUAUCUAGGCGGGGAGAAUGGGUGCGUUACAGCGGUGCGUCUUGGGACGGCCGCGUCAUGUUGAGUUCUAGCUCUUCUACUGCACCAAACCAGGAGAGGAGAGCUUUCUAACGUUGCGUUUCUGCUGAUGCGGCAAACUGCAGUGCAGAGCAGAGCAGAGCGGAGCCGGGAAGGGAAAUGGUUGUGUGCUUCUGCUCUCUCUCUCUCACACUGCCCCACUAACGUGUUCAGCUCAAACCUUCUCACUCAUACCAUGUUCAUUUCACGACCACGCCGCUGGAGAGCGCAGCCACGCGUGACGGUCAAAAGACCGAGUGGGAACUACUAGUCGGUGUUGCCGUCCGUUGGAGAGGAGCUCAAGUUAACGGCUUUUUAACAUUUUUCUUUCGUAUUAUAUUAUAUUAUAUUCUCUCUAUUCCUCGUUCGUACCGUUUCUUCAGCAUGGUUUUAAAUUGCCUGUCAAGAGAUUUACGCUUCUUCCAAGGCGGUUCAGAGCCGUUCGGUACCUCAAGAAGGUCGCCCUAGUCGACAUUGGAAGCAAAUAACACCGGAAUAACGUGGCUGAUAUUAACGGUCGCUCCAGUCGACGUUAGAAGCCAAUAACACGGGAAUAGCGUGGAUGAUAUUAACGGUCGCUCCAGUCGACGUUAGAAGCCAAUAACACCGGAAUAACGUGGCUGAUAUUAACGGUCGCUCCAGUCGACGUUUAGAAGCCAAUAACACCGGAAUAACGUGGGUGAUAUUAACGGUCGUUCCAGUCGACGUUAGAAGCCAAUAACACGGGAAUAGCGUGAGUGAUAUUAACGGUCGCUCCAGUCGACGUUUAGAAGCCAAUAACACCGGAAUAACGUGGGUGAUAUUAACGGUCGCUCCAGUCGACGUUAGAAGCCAAUAACACGGGAAUAGCGUGGAUGAUAUUAACGGAGACAGUACAGUCUAUGAAUAUUUCACCGAAGCUCGUACUGUACAGUGCAGUAAAGUGAUAUCCGCUACCUUUAAAACAAAAAGCCGGGACUGUAAAGUUGUAGCCGUGGCUGGCGGGUGCACCACCACCAAACGGAAAUCCAGGUGGAAGACGAAGGAGAAGAAGAAGAAGGAGGAGCAGCAAUGGAGGACUACUCGGAGAGAGGAGCAAGGGAGCCUUAAGAGGAGCAGCGCUUGGCGAGCUAGCCCUCUGCCUGCCUGGCCCGGGUGAAUGCAAGGGGGAUUUCUAUUAGACAGAAGAGAGAGAGGGGAGAAAUCUGAGGCGCGCAGUGAGAGCUACUAGAUGCCUGCACCCACCGGGCUGAGCCGAGCAUCUCCUGCCGCAUAGCGCUGCGCUGAGCCCGGGCAACACCGCCAGGAUGACUGUGGUGGCCGGAGAUAACAUGGAUGAGACGUCCACCCUGCCGGGGCACCUGCAGGACACCUACCCACCAGACCACGAGGACCACGAGUGCUGCGAGAGGGUUGUCAUUAAUAUCUCAGGGCUGCGCUUCGAGACCCAGCUAAAGACACUCAGUCAGUUCCCCGAGACGUUACUAGGUAACCCCAAAAAGAGAAUGCGCUACUUCGACCCGCUUAGAAACGAGUACUUUUUUGACCGGAACCGACCGAGUUUUGACGCUAUUCUAUAUUACUACCAGUCCGGUGGGCGGUUGAGGAGGCCCGUUAACGUUCCUCUGGAUAUGUUCUCGGAGGAGAUCAAGUUCUACGAGCUCGGGGCAGAGGCCAUGGAGAAGUUUAGAGAAGACGAAGGUUUUAUUAGAGAAGAGGAAAAACCGUUACCAGAGAAAGAGUUUCAACGACAGGUCUGGUUGCUGUUUGAAUACCCGGAGAGUUCGGGACCCGCCAGAGGGAUUGCUAUAGUAUCGGUGAUGGUUAUCUUAAUUUCAAUAGUCAUAUUCUGUUUGGAGACGCUGCCAGAACUCAAAGAGGACCCCCGGGGUAGGAUGGAAACUGUAGGCAACGUGACAUUCUAUUAUAAACCAAAUAUUCUCACCGAUCCUUUCUUCAUAGUGGAGACCCUGUGUAUAAUCUGGUUCUCCUUUGAGUUGAUUGUGCGGUUCUUCGCCUGCCCUAGCAAGGCAGCUUUCUUUAAAAACAUGAUGAAUACUAUAGACAUAGUAGCUAUCAUACCCUACUUCAUCACGCUGGGCACCGAGCUGGCAGAGGACCAGGAGGGGAAGGAGAAACCAAGUGAGCAGGCCGCGUCUCUGGCCAUCCUCAGGGUCAUCCGGCUGGUCAGGGUGUUCAGGAUCUUCAAGCUGUCCAGACACUCCAAGGGGCUUCAGAUAUUAGGACAAACCCUCAAAGCCAGUAUGAGAGAGUUGGGGCUGCUCAUUUUCUUCCUCUUCAUCGGAGUCAUCCUCUUCUCCAGCGCUGUCUAUUUCGCCGAGGCGGAGGAGAAGGAAUCUUUCUUCACAAGCAUCCCCGACGCCUUCUGGUGGGCCGUGGUCUCCAUGACAACAGUGGGCUACGGGGACAUGUACCCGGUGACCAUCGGCGGAAAGAUAGUGGGCUCGCUCUGCGCCAUCGCCGGGGUGCUGACCAUCGCGCUGCCGGUGCCUGUGAUCGUGUCCAACUUUAACUAUUUCUAUCACCGGGAGACGGAGGGAGAGGAGCAGGCGCAGCUUCUUAACGUCAGCAACCAGGACCUUAACUCAGACAGCAACUCAUCGCGCCGCAGCUCCAACUCUAUCGCCAGCAAGUCAGAAUACAUGGAAAUAGACGAAGGGAUCAACAAUAGCAUUGAUAACUUUAGGGACGCGAAUCUCAGAACUGCUAACUGUACGCCUGUCCUCAACCAGAACUGCGUGAAUAAGGGCAAGCUGCUGACUGACGUCUAGAAAUAUAUACAUUAAUUCUAUAUGGCAGCGAUAGACAUCAUGAGGACACACCGUUCGUUGUAAAUAUUGUAGAAACGUUUCGGGAAAUGCUUGAUUUAACUUCGUUAAUAAUGCGUUUUUUUUUUGCAUUUGCGUUAAUUACAUUUGAAUGAAUAGAGAGAAAACUGUUUCACCAAAAGAGGAUUAAAAAAAAAUAAAAAAGGUUUGUUUGACUCUCAAAAUGGGAAUGAUAAAAGUAUUAUAGUAACAUAUUAUCUUUAUGUUCCUAACGUUAUCGGAGAUAUACCGGAAAACAUCCUGCCGUUGAAAUAUGACACGGGGAAAACACAACAUGAUCGUUGAAGAAGAAACGGUUUUGCAUGGAUAAUGGAUCAUGGAUCAUGGAUAAUGGAUCAUGGAUAAUGGAUAAUGGAUCAUGGAUCAUGGAUAAUGGAUCAUGG